AUGCGAACGUCGAACUGUGGUGAAGGAGCGGCGACGUGUGUUUCAUGUCUGGCGAAACGAGACCCGUUUUGUGGAUGGUGUGUGAAGAACAGCAUCUGUACCGAAGAGGACACUUGCGAGCGAGUUUUGCCAAAGACAAGCAGUGGCUGGUUGGAUUUCCAAAACAAUCGCUGUCCGAACAUCAGAGGUGUUGUACCGGAUAAGAUCCAGAUUACAACGGCCGACUUCCUCAAUGUGAGCUUAGAGAACAUGGGUGACACCAAAGGACGAUUACAAUGUUCGUUUCGUUUUUCUGAUGGAAAAGUUGUGAACAGCGAGCCGGCUAAGCAAGAUCCGCAUGAUGGGUAA